GGGAACCCAAUCAAGUGGAAUCAUUGGCAGGACGCAGCAAGGCGGCGUUGAACCGUGAGGAGCGAAGAGGUGUCAACAUGACGGCGAGCGAACCCAUCAGCAGUCGCACCACAUCCUCCGUACGAAGACGAUCGUUGAUUGACAAGGUCAUGAACUCGGCCGCGUCGCUUCGAAUCAAGACAACGACAGCCUCCGGCAAGUCGGCCACGUCUACCGCAUCUACUGUUGGCCCACGAAAACGGAACCUGGGCACACCCAAUCCGUCCCCCGCGAAAAAACGAGCCAAGGCUGAAAGCCCGAUGGUUCCGUCCACAGCCAAGCCCUUGAGCGACGAAAGGUCCAAGGCCAUCGACCUGACGUUUGUGCAGCACGACGUCACGUCCGUGUACCAAAUCAUCCACAAGCAAACGGGCGCGUUGGGUGGCAACGGCGCCGGUGGAGCGAUCUACGGCGAAAUCACCAAGAAUUCCAUGGCCAAGAUCCUCGACUACAUGGUGGACAACUGCGAAUUGACCGACCAGUCUGUAUUUUUGGACAUUGGCAGCGGGUUGGGCAAACCCAACUUCCACGCGGCGGUGGCCCCAGGGGUCGCCAUCUCGUACGGCAUUGAGCUAGAGGACCAGCGGUGGGAACUCAGUCUGCACAACCUCCGCAGCGUGCUGACGUCGGCCGCCGUGGCCAAGAAGGUGCGCCCGAUCAUCUUCACGCGCGGCGACAUCACGGACGCGUCCUCCCUGGACCCGUUCUCGCAUGUGUACAGCUUCGACGUGGGGUUUCCUCCCGCGGUGAUGGCGCAUAUCGCCGAAUGCUUCAACGACAGCCAUGAGUCGCGGUACUUUGUGAGCUUCCACGGGCCUAAAAAAGUGCUGGGCCAGUACGGCUUUGACGUUGAAGAACUCGGGCGCCUGCCCACGUCCAUGGCAGGAUCCAGUGAAGGGCAUGCCGUGUACUUCUACCGAAAGGUUCUUCAAACGACGACCACCCCGCCGCCGCCUCCGUCUUCAUCUUCGACGCCAGCGGACGUGAUCGAGAUCGAUCCGUUGUUCCGCGCGGGGUUUCAAGUGGUCCAACAAGGUCAUGACAAAGUGACCGCCUGGAUCGACAACCAUCUCUUGCUACGCCGAAACCAAGGACGCACGCGGCGUCAGCUACUGCUGGCCAAGCGCAACGAGAAAGUACCCGUCGCUGCAACUACUACCACCCUCGAUCAGUACUAUAGAAGGGUGCGCAGUGCGACCGGGCCUAAGAUUCAAGUCAAAUGACUUGGCGGUUGAAUAAACGCUGUGAGUGUAGUACAUAUUGUGCUUUCGAGUGA